GCCAUCGAUGCAAUUACAAGUUAUUAAUACCUUAAUUUUCUAGACUUAAGAAAAAAGUAUAAGGCAAUUGAUCAUACCAGACUGUGCAAGUAGAAGUGAUCAAAAAAGUCAAUCUGUAUACGAUGACGGCUCUAAGAAAACUUUGUUAAGACUUGCAGAUCAAGAAGUACCUUCUUCAAUAGGUUUUCUGAUGUCAAAUUAAAAAAAACAGGAUACAUAUUAAUAGCUAUAGUUAGAUUAAUAAGAAAAUGAUUUCUAAUAAUAGAGUAAUAACAAAAAGAAAGGUAAAUUAUUUGCCAUAUUUUUAUUAUUAUUUCUUUAGAAAGAAAAAAACAUCACAGCCUCAAAUAUUUAAGCUGCAAAGUUCACAGUCUUGUCGGAUCAUUAAGAGAAACUACAUAUAAACAGAUGGCAGAUUUGCUUGCUUCAGAAAUAAGUAAAUCAAGUUUAUCUGUAAAUAUAAUAAUUAAAUUUUUAUAUUUUUACAGUCAGAAAGUAAAAACCUCAAACGUAGAGUUUAUGAUUCUAUAAAUGUAAUGGUUGCUCUAGGAGUACUAGAAAAACAAAAAAAGAUCAUAACAAAAGGAUCAAUGUUUCAAUAGAAUCACAUGACAAGUAGAUACGCAAGAGAUACGAGAGACAAAUACGAAAUGUUAAGAGUAUAAUACUAUCUAAGAAUUAGCAAUAACAAUACGAAGAACUUAAAAGGAAAAAGAUGUUAUUUUAAAAAUUGACAGAUUAGGCAAAAAGAAUAAAUACUUUAAUUGAUCAAAACAAGUAUGUUAUUAAAGUGAUAUAAAUUUAAGGCCGCUCUAAAAAGAUGAAUCAGACUUUCUACAAGGUCAAUAAAGUAAAAUAUAUCAAUUACCAAUCAUGAUAUUUAAGUUACCAUAAAAUGCAAAGGUAUUAUUAUUUUAUAUACAAUAGCUUAAUAUUGUACAUAUUGAAGGGAAAACCUAGGUCUAAAUUCUGUCAGAUCAUGAAAUUAAAAUUGUAGGAGAUUAUGAUAUUUUGCCUUUAAUCAAAAGAGUUGAAGAAGCAAAAGAUAAAAUAAUUCCUGGACCAAUGUUGAAUUUAUGAUAAACUAUUAAAGAAAAUUUUGCCAUCAUUUUCUUACUAAAACCAUAAUUGUCCUCUUAUUAGGAUUUUUAGUGCAGCUAUAUGUUUAUUUUUUUAAAUUUUAAUUAAGCGGGAAAAUUUCAUUUUUAAAUAAAUACUAAAAUAUUUAAUAAUAAAUCAAUACAAUUCUCUAUUGAAUAUCAAGUAUUAGUUACUUAUUUAGUUAUUAAUAUUUAUAUUAUGAUUCUUUGAAUUUUUUCAUAAAUUCAACUUAUUUUUUAUUAGUAAAUAUAAGAAAUAAAUUUUCAGAUUUUUCAGCGAAUUCAAGAUUUCAAGUAUAAUUAAGUUUAUAUAUUUAAUCUAGUAUUUAAAUUUACAAGUAAAUAAGCAUUUCUUUUAAAUACAAAAUUGCCGUAAAUAUUUGUACAAUUUUUUUUCUUAAAAACUAGUUAAGAUUUAUUUCNGAAAAAAACAUCACAGCCUCAAAUAUUUAAGCUGCAAAGUUCACAGUCUUGUCGGAUCAUUAAGAGAAACUACAUAUAAACAGAUGGCAGAUUUGCUUGCUUCAGAAAUAAGUAAAUCAAGUUUAUCUGUAAAUAUAAUAAUUAAAUUUUUAUAUUUUUACAGUCAGAAAGUAAAAACCUCAAACGUAGAGUUUAUGAUUCUAUAAAUGUAAUGGUUGCUCUAGGAGUACUAGAAAAACAAAAAAAGAUCAUAACAAAAGGAUCAAUGUUUCAAUAGAAUCACAUGACAAGUAGAUACGCAAGAGAUACGAGAGACAAAUACGAAAUGUUAAGAGUAUAAUACUAUCUAAGAAUUAGCAAUAACAAUACGAAGAACUUAAAAGGAAAAAGAUGUUAUUUUAAAAAUUGACAGAUUAGGCAAAAAGAAUAAAUACUUUAAUUGAUCAAAACAAGUAUGUUAUUAAAGUGAUAUAAAUUUAAGGCCGCUCUAAAAAGAUGAAUCAGACUUUCUACAAGGUCAAUAAAGUAAAAUAUAUCAAUUACCAAUCAUGAUAUUUAAGUUACCAUAAAAUGCAAAGGUAUUAUUAUUUUAUAUACAAUAGCUUAAUAUUGUACAUAUUGAAGGGAAAACCUAGGUCUAAAUUCUGUCAGAUCAUGAAAUUAAAAUUGUAGGAGAUUAUGAUAUUUUGCCUUUAAUCAAAAGAGUUGAAGAAGCAAAAGAUAAAAUAAUUCCUGGACCAAUGUUGAAUUUAUGA